GUUUCGUGUGUUUUCAGGUUUUCCGUGGUGAUCUUACUUCAACCAUUAAAAAGUCACUACAGUCUCCACAAACUCCCUCUCUAAUAAUCUUUAGAAAUAGUUGACGCUCGAAGGAAUAUUUUUAGCUUCGUCUAAUCUAUUUGUCAUUUAAUCGCAUGUUGUAUGAAGUCAAAUAGAAUUCAACAAAUAACAAAAUCUAUGUUUCUAUCUAAAUAUAACUAGUAGUCUCUGUUUAUUCUUCAAAAGAUAAACAGGAAGUGUUCAAAGUCUAUAUACAUAUAUGAUCAGAGCUAAACAUUAUUGAUUAGAAUUGUAAGUAAUAAUAGAUAUAUCAUAAAACAUGACCUUGGAACAUAAGUGCACUGUUAAACACUCAGUUCGUUAUCUUAUCCAUUUAUAUAUAAAUAUCAUGUCCAUAUAUUAAGAUAGAAACUUAAUAAUAGUGUUAGUAUAAAAUGUAUAUUCUAGUUAUUAUACCAUUGUUUCUUAAAUUGUAUCAUGUUAGAACUUGGAAUGUAUACGGAUAUAUGGAAUCACAGAUACCAGAGCAAAUACAUAUUGCUUUAGGAGAGCAACCAUCCACCAUAAGUAUUACUUGGGUUACACAAGAAAAUACAGAGAGUUCAACUGUACUCUAUGGUACUAUGCUGUUAAACAUGAAAAGUACUGGCUACGUUAAAGAGUUUAUUGAUGGAGGACGUGAACAACGCAAAAUGUAUAUACAUCGAGUGAUCUUAUCCGAUUUAAUUGGUAAUACAACUUAUUAUUAUAAAUGUGGUAGUUCAGAUGGUUGGUCAGAUGUUUUGAAAUUUCGUGCUCUCCCAUCUCAUCCUUAUUGGUCACCUAAAAUAGCAGUUUAUGGAGAUAUGGGGACAACUGAUGCACUUUCACUACCCGAAUUAAUUCAUCAAGUCAAAGAUUUAAAUAGUUAUGAUGUGGUAUUACAUGUUGGUGAUUUUGCCUAUAAUAUGGAUUCAGAUAAUGCAAGAGUUGGUGAUCAAUUUAUGCGUAAUAUACAACCAAUUGCAUCAAAAGUUCCUUAUAUGACAUGUGUUGGUAACCAUGAAGCUGCUUAUAAUUUCUCAAAUUACAAAGCAAGAUUCACAAUGCCUGGAGGUGAUGGUGAAUCACAAUUUUAUAGUUUUAACGUUGGACCUGCGCAUAUUGUGGCAUUUUCUAGUGAAUUAUAUUACUUUUUAUUUUAUGGAUGGAAAACAUUAGUGAUGCAAUAUGAUUGGUUGAUUAAAGAUUUACAAGAAGCGAAUAAACCAGAAAAUCGAAAAAAUCAUCCAUGGAUUAUUGUAAUAGGUCACAGACCAAUGUAUUGUUCAAAUAAUUUUGAUCCAAUGCAUUGUGAUUUUGAAAACAAUAUUGUACGCACCGGAUUCGACAUAUCACCUGACCAUCAUAAAACUGUAUAUCUUAUGGGAUUGGAAAGCUUAUUUUAUCAGUAUGGUGUGGAUUUAAUCAUUGCUGGUCAUGAACACUCAUAUGAGAGAUUUUGGCCAGUUUACAACAGAACCGUUUGUAAUUCUACAACAAGUCAAAAUUCAUACAAUAAUUCAAACGCUCCAAUACAUAUUGUUAGUGGAGCUGCUGGAUCAAAUGAAGGUAAAGAUACAUUUAUAUAUGGUGGGAAACCUUGGUCAGCAUUUCGAACAACUGAUUUCGGAUUUACUAGAAUGACGAUACAUAACGUUACUCAUUUAGAAAUUGAACAAAUUUCAGUGGAAAAUGAAAGAAAAGGUCAAGUGAUUGAUUCCUUUACAAUCAUCAAGGAUAAACAUGGAGCAGGUUUAUAUACUUGUCAUAAUAAAGAUUCAUUUGAUUACAACAGUAUUAUAGAUGUUUAAUUGUUGUUGUUAUAUAAUUCUCAACAAUCAAUUUAUUAUUUUCCUCUUUCAAACCCUGUGAUUAUUAAUUUUGAGCAAAAUAUACAUUGUUUUUCAGAAGAGGUUUUGUGGAGAUUUUAGAAAUUUCAUUAGUUGAAAUCAUGAGUCAAUCGAAGCUAGACCGCCAUGGAAAACCUGGAAGCACUGGACAGCCGUUUCGUCCUAGUAUGGGACUCCUCAGCAAUGCACGUUCUCCUAUUUGACUAUGUUAGUCUUCAAUGAAAUAUGAUUACAGAUGAUUGUUAGUUGUGAAGUACUGACCAUUUAUAUAUACCUGCUUCUCAUUGGCUGAAUACAAUCAAUAAUGUUUUGAAAUUGAUAUACAAUUAAGGUUUAACAUGAUUUUAGAAUUGAGGUUUGUUAGAAUUUGCUUUAGACACAAAUUUCA